AUGGAAGCUCUUAAGAUCAUCGCCAAUGACAUGAGUGAAAAACCAUCGACGCGUUUUGAGGCUUCGAGUCUUCUUAAUUGCUUUGGCUCACUAGAAAUAUGUUUUCUGACUUUAAUGUGGAAUGAUGUACUUGAAAGAUUUAAUAAAGUGAGCAAAUCUCUGCAAUCUGUAGACAUUGGACUAGGUACUGUUGUUGAACUGUAUCAUUCUUUAGUUACGUAUCUUGAAGGUAAACGAGAAGACGGAAUAUUCGAUCUUUAUGAAUCAAGAGCUAUAGAGUUAAGUGGUGAACAAAACUAUACAUAUGAUUUGAAAAGAAAACCUAAACGAAAAGUACAGUUUGAUGAAGUAAAAAGAAAUGAUACCGAACUCUCAGGCAGGAAUAGAUUCAGAGUUACCACCUAUAAAGUAAUUAUUGACAGGUUGAUUACUGAACUACAGAGACGUGGCACAGCUUAUGAAAAAUUAAGUAAUAAGUUUGACUUUCUUACAAAGCUCAAUAUUUUAAAUACUCAAGAAGUUUGCGAAGGAGCAUUUAAUCUAAAAGACUUUUAUCCAGGGGAUUUGGACGAGAAUAUAAAAAACGAAUGUUUGCAUUUACAAGCUCAUUUGUUAUCCACAGAAGCUACAAAAGAAAAAAAAAUGUCAUCACUGGAGCUAUAUAAAUUUAUUUUAGAAAACGGUUUUAUAGACAUUUAUCCAAAUAUAGGAAUAUCACUUAGGAUGCUGUUGAGUACCCCUGUAUCAAACUGCUCAGCUGAACGGUCAUUUUCGGCUCUUAAAAGAAUAAAAAAUUAUUUAAGAUCAAAUACAGAGGAAAAAAGACUUACUUCAGUCACCGUGUUAUACAUUGAGUCAGAAGUAAUGCAAGCAGUGGACUACAGUGAAGUGAUACGUUCUUUCGCAGAACAAAAAGCUCGACGUGUACAAAUUUGUUAA